GAGUACGGCAGUAAGACGAAACCCUGCGUGAAGAGGGAUGUGUAAAAAGCUGGUGCCCGCCGCCUUGUGAAUAAUAGCUUGUGGACUCGCUUGUGACGUGCUUGUGACUCCCUCGUCCGUGUGCCGCGUGUUGCCUCGGAAAACUGAUAAACAGUUCAUCAUCCAUCACCCCGCUGCGAUAAAAGUAAAAACAAAAAGUUGAGUGUCACUGAUGAACACCUCGAGUCACUAGUGCCAUUAAUCAGCGACAAGAUCAUUCCACUAACCACCGGGGACAAAGCAGCCCGUCCGUCAGCCCUGCAGCAGUUUACCACCAAAACUACCACAAGGAGAACGAAAGGCAUCACCGUCAACAUGAUCAUACAAGCAAGUACCCUGUUGGCUGUGCUGGCAACAGUGGCGUGUGCAGAUGGCAACCUGCUGCGACCAAGGCCACCAGACUCUACCACAGACUUCUUCAGCAACAGACAUCACACCCACCCUCCUAUCAGAACCACCACUUCUCCUACUCCCGCACAUGGCUACUUGCUGCGCCGAUGGCCAUCAGACUCUACCACAGACUCCUCCUUCAGAUACAGACAUCACACCCAGCCUCCUAUCAAAGAAGCAACGCCUUCUCCCCCAAACGCCUUCGUUACUAGAAUGGAUGGCCCAAAAUCUCCUGAGACGUCGCCUUCCAACAUACACCAAACCAUUAACGCCAUUACCAGCACACAAGACACCCAUUCUCCUACUGGAACAUCGCCUCCCACUACAGUCGCCACCACCACCACCACAGAAGUGCCGCAUGCCCCUGUCUACGGCAGCUACUUCACAACGGACGCCCUCUCGAGUUCAACCAUUAUGAACCUGCCAAGGAACGAGACCAUCUCCAGGGUUCUCUUCUGGCCUCCGUCCCCCAACAUCACCGUCACCCUCAACAUCAGUGUGGAAGGUUGGAACUACACCUUCAAGUCCAAUACAAACUCUCCCGAAGCACUGGCACAGCAUUGACAUAUACCAGCCGACCUCGCAAAGUAACAAAACCAUGAUCUAUUUCAACACGGACGGGCGUUACAUAACCCUGAAUUUCUCGAGGGUGCUCCACAUGCAGGUUGGCAGCGACCAAACAACUCACUGGUGCUUUUGUCCCCGUGCCCACCUUUGCACUCUUCUUUCACACCGCUAGAGCACGGGGGGCAGUGACUCGUCAGGGCAGCGAAAAGACCUCCUUGUGGCCCUGUUCGUGGUGGUCUUCCUGCUGAUAGUGACCCUCUUGGCUCUCGGCGGCGUCACCUUCUACAGGAAAAACGAACUCUUCCAUAUCUACGCUAAGCCGAUUGACUGUCUGCCCGUACACACCACAACCACCGCCACUACCCAGGCCCAAUAAGGAGUCAACACUUCACGGCCACGGAGGCGAGGGAGGCGAAAGAAGUUGAGCUGACUGACAACUCCGGCUACAGCAGAGUGAGCGGCGGUACCAGCACGGCCGUCCCACCUACCCCCGGUAGCAGACAACGCCACCCAUAGCAAGCCGUGCGAGAAGCCCAAAGAACAUGAAAGUAUCAACUGCCUCUAUGGUUUAGUUUAACUCGCUUAAUCAUUACACGCAAGUCACCAUCUGUACAUAUAACAGUUGACAUCUCCUUAAUAUACAAGCAUUUACGACUUCAUGGCUCAUAAUCAUAUACUGUAUUACGCAUGUCAAUAAACGCUAUGUGUAU